AUGGCAACGCCGCCAAGUGAACCAAAUGGCGUCCUAGACCAUCUCUCAGACAAUGACCAUGUCCCAGCCAUCAAUGGCCACAUAGAUGAAAAACAAGACCUGCCCUCUCGGAGCCAAUCUCCAGAGUCACCACAGCACCAACUUCCGGAUCCGCCAUCGCCAGGAGCCCUAGAGGAACUACAACCUUUCGACUGGGAAGCAUUUGAGUCACGAUAUGAAGCUGCCCUAGUCAAGGCCAGCGAAGAAGAAACGGCCAUCCUGAAAGAAGCAGAGUCCCUAUCCAAGUACUUCCAAGUCUGGGCUACUGCGGCAUCUUCCCAUGACGAUGCCCGAUCCGUGAAACGUUUACAGACUAGGCAGCGCUUUGUCAACUUGGCCGAGGAGAAGCUUUCGCAGAAGCAAAAACAUUAUGUUGAAGUCGUUCGAGCAUUCGAGACUAACUUUCACAAGAAUGAGCUGGCCGCAUUUCACGAUGCCCACUUCUCCAGCGCAGAAGUGAACAAGUUUCAGCAGGGAUUUUUUUGGCCGAACCCGGAGGUCAUCAGUAACUAUGGCAAGACGGAAGAGUAUUGGGAAGAAGAGGAUGAUUUGGGCUACUAUGAUGAUGGCGUGAAACGAACAUUGACAGACGAACAAAUUGCAAUUUUUCGUCAUUCGGAAAUUCGAGAGCUUGAACGCACCAAGGAAAAAGCAUCGAAGCAGCCGCACUCGGAAAAUUCUGCUGAAGAGCUGGACACGAGCAGAGGCCAGACUGACGGGAAAACCGCCAACAAGCCACGGGACGGCAAGAAAUGCAAGAGGAGAAGGACCAAGCAAGCCAAGCGAGAACCGAAACCUGAUCUGCGGAAACGAACAUGGGAUGUUGUGGAAGCUGGACUUGACUCUCUUGAUUAUGAUUAA